AUGCGUCCUUCAGAACCCUCGGAGAAGACCCUCUUCCUCCCCAGGAAGGAAAUCGAGCCCAGAAACCGCGACGCUCUCGGUGCGGGCAUCUCCCGGCGUGUUUGCCACCACUCCCUCCGACCGACGCGCAGGAGCGCGGCCAUCCAUCUUCCUCCGGCCCCAGCUUCCUGCGGGCCAGGCGCAGACCCGGGAAGAGGGGAUGGGCCGCCCCAGCUUCCCGCCGGGGGAAGCGCUAACCCGGGAUACUCACAGCCCGGGACUUGGCAGACGCCAGGCCUCACGGAGCGCCUCCAUCCCCGCCACCCCAAUCCCGGCGCCUCCCUUCACCCCUCCCCCGCCCCGGAAGCCGCCGGGCUAACACCUUGUCCGUGCGGACGAGACGGAGCGGCCUUCGGGGAGCGAGGCCGAGGGGCGCGGGCGGCCGCGGGGCCCGGAGCGCGGCGGCGGGGGAGGGGAGGCCGCGCGGGGCCUGCUCCGACCCGCACAAAAGGGACCGCGUCCCUCCCGCCUCGGUCCCACGAGAGCCCCGCCGGCGCCGGCCUGCGGCUACUGGGUCACCAAAACCGGCACCCCCAACCCUUCUGA